CGUACACAAGAUAUACUUCACCUAGCCGGUAGUGCUCCACCCCAGACUAUCGACGGAAAUCCAUAGCGCCACCGGAGGACGCCACACGGCGGCAAGCUCAACCACACCACAACCGCCAAUCCGGGACUGGCCUGCAGAGUCUUCCCCUGCACGGAAACAGCUAGCCAUAAGCCCUCAAGAUCAGCCAGGAUAUAGUAGUUGGCUAGUUGCUGGUUGGAAGGUGAUUUGAUGUGUACUGGUUCGCUACAAGGUUAAGACGAGCAUUUGGAUUCCAAAAUCCAUAUUGUUCUCUAUGGCUUCCAUUUUGCAACAAAUACCUGCAGAUGAUUCAGUUCUUGUAAGUGUCACCCAUGCAAAUAUAAAGAGUUUCUUGGCUGAUGUUCGUUUCUAUCUUCAGAUGACAGUAGAAGCUGUGAAAGAAAAGCUAUGGAAAAAGUGUGGAACUUCUGUUACUUCAAUGUGUCUUGAGCUUUAUGAUGAUAGAGGUGCUAAAAUUGCAGACUUAAGCGAUGACAUGAAACCAUUUGGCUUUUAUUUUCCACAAGAUGGGUAUCGACUACAUGUUAUUGACACCGAUCCGUCCUCAAUAUUAGCUGGUGGUUGGAUGGAUGAUACCUCGAAUGUGGAGAAAUACACAAUCUCUGAGGAGGCUUAUGAUAAACUUGAUGGUACUUUCAAAAAGUUCAAGGAACAAUUGCCACAUAAACAUACUACUACUAGUGAAGCCAAGAUAUGUGACAAUUACAUGGAGGAUCUUUGCGCGCAUAUCAAGGUAGGGGAUAGAUGCCAAGUUGAGCCUGGAGAAAGGAGAGGCAUUGUCAAAUUUGUUGGUCGGGCAGAAACACUAGCUUCUGGUUUUUGGCUUGGAGUUCAAUUUGAUGAACCAGUAGGAAAACACGACGGAAUGGUGAAAGGCAAACGCUACUUCAACAGCCCUCCCCUUCACGGCGUAAUGGUUCGCCCAGAUAAAGUAAAGGUGUCUACUUUCUUAAGAUCUCUAGCUUUACUAGGUUGUUUAUUAUAUAAGUUUUGAGGUUUAAGGUUUGGGUCUUCGGGAUAUGGUUUUUAACAUUGGAAAGGAAAAGGAAAAACUCUCUAGCUGUACUUGGUUGUUUAUAAAAACUGGAGUUAUGGCUCGUUGUAUUGGCUGUUCAGGUUGGGGAUUAUCCAGAACGAGAUCCAUUUGAAGAAGAUGAAAUUUAGUUGUUUUCUUUAUUUCGAUUGUUGCAAAUUGUGAGACCAAUUUGACCGUUUGAGAGCCAUGUGAAUGAUGCAAAGCAAACCAUAACUAUUUUUAAGGUAUGGAUGCAGACUCGAUUUCACUAAUAAGACUUUCAAUCUUCAGACUUUUGUCUUGACUUUGUCUCUUCAGUUUUCACCAGCGAUAUUUUUAGUUAUGCCAAACAUAGCCAAUGGCAUUUCGGGCGUAAAUGGCGAACUGCGAACCCCAUAGUUUCAAUGUAGGCAUAAUGUGUAGCAAUAUGCUGGGAGUCAUUACAAACAAUUU